GCCAUUGACCGCAUUGAGUUGAGAUCGCCAUCGGCAGCCGCCGCACCAUCCCUAACCACCAGACGCCGACCGCGACCGAGGAAGAAGAUACACAGAUCGAUCCGCGGCGAGAGAGAGAGUGGGGAGCUGAGGUCGCCAUGGGUUUCAUCAUGGAGUUCGCGGAGAACCUGAUCCUGCGCCUCAUGGAGGACCCGGACAAGCGGGACGAGGCGCAGCGGGAGCACGUGUACCGGAUGAAGGAGCGGUGCGAGCGCACCAAGGCGGCGUGGGCUCUCCCGCUGCGCCCCUACGGCUUCUGGACUUUCGACCGCUUCAACUCCCAGCUCUCCUGGGACCCCCAGAUCAGCCAGGCCGCCGGCCGCCGCGACCCCUACGACGACCUCCUCCACCGCCACUCCAGCCCUAGCCCGCCGCCCGCCGCCUCAUCCUCGUCCUGAAGCCAAAUCCGAUAGGGUUCGUGAUGAAGUCUGGUUCCACUGGAUAUACUUGGGCAGCAAUAAUGGACUCGUUAUCUUCACAAUGACUGUGAUUGCAUUCCUUCUGUUUGCAUCUGCUGAAUGUUUACUUCAACAAACUUCCAGUUCGGCAAGAUAUCAGAAGUGUUCUGUAUUUGUUGUUUUUCUGUCUUGUACCAUGAAAGUUUUUAUAAUAAUCGCUGCACACAUGUUUGCCUUUUGGUAAUUUGAAAACCUUGUGAGUUUAUGAAAUGAUAACUACCUAUUUAUGAGUUAAGGGGCUGUUUGGUUGCAUGCCCUUGA